GAGACACCGUAACCACCAUUUUCUCUUAACCCGGAAACAGAGCUUCUAGAGAGAUCGGCGAUGAAAGAUAUUUCCGGCAUUUAGUGUUAAAAAUGGAGGCUAAUUAAGCAUGCGUUAAAUGGACUUAAAAGAAGCGGAGAAGGGUUUUUAUUUCCGAUUCUGCGUUCCCCGACGCACCUGCGCCCCUUCUUUUUCCAUUCCUGCGCCGCUUUCCCAUGUAUCCCCACUUCCAACCUCUCUCUUCCUCGCUCUCUCCGCUCUUCUGCGAUGCUUUCUAUGCGAGAAACUCCGAUUUCUGAUAGAUAAAGGAAAUACAGGGAGUAGGUGACGAUCGGAUCGGAAGCGCAAGCUUCGUGAGAGAGGGAUAGAAGAAGAAGGCCUGAGAAGAGCAAGAGCAUAGCCAUAUUCCGAUCCAAGAUUUCCGCAGAGUAACCCGUAAAACGACCACAUUUAAGUGAACCUCUCCUUUAGGAUAACGGAGACCGCUGCCGUCGGAUUGGUUCUCGGUGCCGUUGGAUUGGUUCUGGCGGACGCUUUAGCUUACUGAGAAAUAAUGGAAAAGACGAGGCCGGCGCCAUCUAACGUGGAGUCAUUGUCCAAGCCCUUCACCAAGAUGUUCCGCACCCACCGCCGGCGGGACGCCACGGGCUCCGGAGGAGGCAGCGGUAUUGGUGUCGUCCCGGGCAAAGAUAAGCCAAUCAUCGAGAAGCUCAAGCUGUCGGGAAACCUCAGAGACUACUACUCCACCGUGCUCUCCGAGCAUCACAAAGACGAGGAUGAGAAGCGGCAGCACUCGCAGAAACUGUCCUCCAAUGAUAACGAGGCGAUGGAAUCCCUCCUCGCCAACCUCUUCGCCAGCAUCUCCGCCAUCAAGGCUGCCUAUGCCCAGCUCCAGGUGGCUCAAUCCCCCUACGACCCCGACUCCAUCCAGUCCGCGGACCAGGCCGUGGUCUCCGAGCUCAAGCACCUCUCCGUCCUCAAGCAGUCCUACCUCACGAACCAGCUCCAAUCCCCCGCUCCACCGGUCUCCCAGCCUGCCCUGGCGGCCCGGAUACAGGAGCAGCGCAGCCUCCUCAAGACCUACCAGAUCACCACAAAGAAGCUCGAAGCUGAGCUCCAGCACAAGGACUCCGAGAUCCUCUCCCUCCAAGCCCAGCUCCAAGCCUUGGAGAAGCAGAACCGAGCCCUCGACGCCAGGCUCCACCCGGGCCGCUCGCUCUCGGCCCUCGACAACCUCCACCUCUCCGGGCUGAACCCCACCCAUUUCCUCACCGCGCUGCGGUACACCGUGAAAUCGAUCCGCUCCUUCGUUAAGCUGAUGGUUAAGGAGAUGGAAUCAGCUGGAUGGGACCUCGACGCCGCCGCCGUAUCUAUCCAGCCUGACGUGCUUCGGCGGAAACCCAGCCACCGGAUCUUCGCCUUCGAAUCAUUCGUCUGCCAGAAAAUGUUCUCCGACUUCCAUCUCCGGGACUUCAAUCUUAGCUUCUUGGCAGACCGAUCCACCUGGGACCGGCGCCGGUUCUUUGACGAAUUCACCGAGAUCAAAUUUGUGAAAUUAAAGCAGGUUUUCGAUGGGAAAAGCCAAAAGUCGGCGUUAAGGAAGUUCCUGAGGGCGAAGUAUUUGGCCCUGGUGCACCCGAAGAUGGACCUGUCGUUCUUUGGUAACCUGGAGCAGAGGGCGCUGGUGAGCUCCGGGCGGGGGUUCCCGGAGACGGCGUUCUUCGCUGGCUUCGCGGAGAUGGCGAGGCGCGUGUGGCUCCUCCACUGCCUCUUCUUCUCGUUCGGGCCGGGGGACGGGUCCAUCUUCCAGGCCCGGCAGGGCAGCCGGUUCUCGGAGGUGUACAUGGAGAACGUGGCGGAGGAGGAGGAGGACGCGGCCGGGCUGAGGCCCACCACCGUGGGAUUCACGGUGGUCCCCGGGUUCCGGGUGGGGAUGGCGCUGAUACAGUGUAAAGUCUCUCUCUCAUUGCCCCGUGAUGCUUUUCCGCGAUAGGGUCGACAUCUUGAUGAGCCAUCGGACGGUGCUGGAGGCAUCUAAUCUUGUUCGGGAACGAAGGCCGUGACGCCAUCAGGGAUUUUGCCAAGUGGGUCCCGCGAUGCUUGUCCCGUUUGGACACAUUCGCGUGGCGGGAGUGGUUUGCUAUUAGUGGUAGACUGAUCUGAUUGUAACGGUGGGAGGACUCUCUAAACGGCUAUUAGUAAAUUGGAGACAUCAUACUGUAUAAUUUAUUUUUAAUAGUUAAAACGAGUAUUUAUUAGGUAUAUGUGGAUGAUAGUUAAUGACAGAUGGCAUAUUAAUUUA